CCAACGUCAAUGGCAUCUAUAACCAUUCAUUCUUCCUCCACCAUCGUCCCCAGCCACCCUACUCCCACCGGCAUACUCUCCUUCUCCGAUUGCGACCAAUACAAGCCAUGGACUCACGUCCCCACCGUCUACGUCUACAAAUCCCCGGCAGCCAAGGUCGCCGACGUCGAGUCCUUAAAAACCUCCCUCAGCCAAAUCCUCGUCCCUUACUACCCUCUCACCGGGCGUCUCCACUGGAUCGCUGGCGGCCGCCUCGAGCUUGAUUGCUGCGCUGCUGGAGUCCUAUUCGUCGAAGCUUCCUCCAACGCCAAGCUGGAAGAUUACGGCGACUUUGCGCCGUCGGAUGGUGUAAGAAAACUCGUUCCGGCCGUGGAUAACAAUUCUCCGAUCGAAGAGAUUCCGAUGCUUCUAUUUCAGGUGACGAGAUUCAGCUGCGGUGGGCUUGUCAUUGGUGUAGCUAGUUGUCAUACUGUGGUGGAUGGAGCCUCUGGCAUCUUGUUCAUCAACUCCUGGGCGAGCAUGGCGCGCGGAGACAAGACGGUGGACACUAUUUUGCAGCCAUUGCAUGACCGGAAAUUUCUGAUGCCGGAGAACCCGCUUCGUCCGCCACGGUUCGACCACGUUGAAUUUACUAAACCACCACCAGUUAUCCUUGGCAGCUCCGACCCAGAGGAGGAGGGAAAGCAAAAAACCACAUCGACAUUGCUCAAACUUACCAAAGAACAAAUUGAAAAGUUGAAAAAGAGAGCAAAUUCAAACCUAGCCAAUCAAACCAUGGGGGUGGCUGAUGAAUUACAACCACGACCAUACUCCCGAUUUGAGGCCAUUAUCGGACACAUGUGGAUUUGUGCAUGCAAGGCUCGUGAUAUCGGCGAGAGCCGACAACCGACGGUGGUUUGUACCCCUAUUGAUGUAAGAAAACGGAUGAAGCCACCCAUCCCAGAAAACUUCUCAGGAAACUCAUCUAUCAUCGUCCGAAUGCCAGAAUGCGUGUUCGGGGAUAUUAUGACUCAACCAUUGAGCUAUGCUGCAGGAAAGGUAAGAGAAGGAACAUGGAAGAUGACCGGCGAAUACGCGCAAUCAAUGAUAGACUAUCUAGCAGGACAAGAGGACCUUAGCUGGUUGAGAAAAUCAUCCCACUCUAAUGUUCGAGCCAAAGCUUCGUUCUGGGGCAACCCAAAUCUUUCAAUAGUGAGUUGGAUGUCCCUUCCAUUUUAUGAGGCGGAUUUUGGUUGGGGACGACCGUGUUACUCUGGACCAGCAAUGUUGCACAUGGAUGGGAAGGGAUACAUAAUGUUGGGGCCAACCGAUGAUGGGUCGCUCAUAGUAGCGAUACGGUUACAAACAAGGCAUAUGGAUAAUUUCAAGAAGUAUUUCUACGAAGAUAUAUAA